AUGAUGGAAGACCAUAAACCAGAUCCGGAUAUGGGAGAGGAGAAGGAUGUGCUUAAAUCCCACGCGGCAGAGCUUUUUAAUUGUGAGAAUGAGAAAGCAUUGAUGCGCAAAAUUGACUGGCACAUACUUCCCGUCAUGUUCACUGCCUACAUGCUGCAAUUUCUCGACAAGACUGCACUAGGUUAUACUGCAAUCUUUGGGAUUCAAAAAUCAUUGAAUCUUGUUAGUGAUCAAUAUUCAUGGGCAUCUAGUGCCUUCUACUUCGGUUUCUUGGUGGCAUCCUACCCGGUAUCUUUAUGCUUCGUCAAAUUUCCAAUCGCCAAAUUCCUCUCUGUUUCCUUCAUUAUAUGGGCUGUUGUUUUAGCGUGCCAUGGAGCCACAUCCAACUUUGCCGGUCUCAUAUCCCUUCGUGUCCUCCUUGGGGUUUUUGAAAGUACAAUUAGCCCUGGUUUGUCCCUGCUCACUGGUCUAUGGUACAAACGGUCUGAGCAUGCCUCUAGACAUGGAAUCUGGUUUGCAGGAAACAGCAUUUCGUCCAUUUUUGGUGGACUGUUAACGUAUGGCAUCGGCCAUAUCAGCAACUCAGUUGAACCAUGGAGGUGGAUAUUUAUUAUAUUCGGCAUCGUCACCUUUGCAUAUGGGAUUGUCUUCUAUAUUUACCUACCGGACAGCCCUCAAAAUGCUCGUUUCCUUUCUAAAGAAGAAGGAGAGUUCGUCCACCAACGUGCUCAGCGGGAGUCACACACUACAGUUUCGCAUAAAUGGUCAAAAAGCCAAUGUAUCGAAGCACUUAUCGACCCGAAAACCUGGCUUAUUUUUGUGUACUCCAUGGCAUCCAGCAUCCCUAAUGGAGGUCUCACAAGCUUCGGAAGCAUUGUCAUUUCUGGAUUUGGAUACUCGACUUUCAACACUCUGCUCGUUGGGUUACCUACGUCGGUGUUUACUCUCAUCUGGGUGGUUCUGGCCACAAUUAUCGUUACAAAAUUCCGCAAAUCUCGCUGCCUUACCGCUGCUGUUUUAUCGCUCAUCAGUCUAGCCGGCUCUAUUAUGGUCUCUCAGAUCGACCCCACCAAGAAAAUAGCUCGGUUGGCUGGGAUGUGGCUUUUCCCUGCAUAUUCCGCCGGAAUUCCUAUCAUUCUGAGUAUCAUUGCCUCUAACGUGGCCGGAUACACAAAGAGAACGACGGUGACCGCAGUGAUGUUCAUCGGCAAUUGUGCUGGUAACAUCACUGGUCCUUUCCUCUUCUUCUCCGAUGAAAUGCCUAAUUACGGGAGUGCCUGGAUCGGGAUUAUGAUCUCACUGGCUAUUGCCUUCGUCGCUAUUAUUUGUUUGCGGCAACUCUUCCAGUUCCAGAAUCAGCAACGCGACCGCCAGCAGAAUGUAAAGAGAAACCCUGAGUCUCGCGAGGAGAGUGAAAUUGAGGAGGUUCUUGCGCUCGAUAUUGCGCUCGAUCAGGAUGAGACUGACUGGGAGAACCCAAACUUCCGCUAUUAUUUGUAG